AUGUACGAUUCAUUGCAGCAGGAUGAUAAUUGCAACGAAGACAAGUCGGAUCUCAAGCCGUCGGACGUUACGUUGCUCAAGGACGAGCCGUGGGAUCGCGAUCUGGGAUACGACGAGCUGCCAGAAGAUGAGCUAAUUUUCGAGUACCCAGCGAAGUUGAGCGAGAACGCAGAUCUCAGCUUCCCGGGCACAGCAAAGCCGACUUUGACUUCCCGUAACGAAUGGCAAGGUAUUGCAGUUGCAAUACGGGAACAAGUAGUGGAGAUUCGAAGCUGA